AUGUUGCAUGUGGCAUGCAGUGAGUUCAAGCUCAACGAGGCGCCCAGGAUUAAUUUGAGCAAGACUGAGCAGGAUUGGGCCACGAUUGUGCAUGGGCCUGAGAGCGACUCUGAGAUGGAGGAGCAGAACUUAUUGCAACCAGCUGGAAAUGGACAGCCUGAUGACCGAGCUGACCAAGAACCUGAAGCUGAGGGUGGUGAAGGCGAAGGCAAUUCACUUCUUGACCUCAAACAGUUUGCAAAUGCAUUACGAAUUCCUGGGAUGCUCCAUGUGAGCGACAAUUGUUUGGGUCACAUCCUGCAAUCUUGCAAGUGCUGGCCUGCGCUCUUACAGGGCUUGCGCAUGGUGGAAGUGCUUCUAUGUCGACCUCUCUACAGAGAGCGCUUCUUGUACAUUUGCGUCGGAGAGAAACGUGCUGCAGAGGACAACCUCAACAAGUGGAGUCACAGCUUGAAGGGUUUGAGGUGGCAGGCAAUUUUAGAGUUCACCUUAGCGUUACUCCCGCUGGAAAGACUUCUCAGGCAACCUGGCUGCAUGCAGAGUGUGAAGGCCUGUUCAACAAGAUUCUUCCUUUUGGUCUUGUUCUCGUCUCGUGGACUCGUGGUGUCACGUUUUGGUUAA